GAAACCGAAAGCAAACAGGUCCGGGGAAAUAGAUCACGGGACGGUCGGCUCUGAUAAACGGGGAUCGGUGAACUCCGUCAGAAGUCGUGCUGAUCUUCACAGCGGUAUCUCACGAUCAUGAGCAGCGACCAGGACGCGGAGACGCGGCACAUUCUGGACUGUUUCCGGGACAGACUGAAGCGACUCAUCCAGGUCGAGCCGCUCCUGGACCUGCUGCAUUUCCUCGAGCAGGACCGGAAGGACCGGAUCAAAGCCAGGUUACGCGAGGAGGGGAACGCGAGCGCCGCGGCUCUUCUGAUCGACGAGAUCAUUCGGUCUCAAAACUACGAGCGGGGAUGGUCGAGAGAGCUGGUCGCCGCGCUGGAGACCGUCGGCUGCGGGCACGCCGCGAAGUACGUGUUGAACAGCCCCCCGGAGCCCGCGGAGGAGACCGAGAACGACAGCUGCGUGCGGCUCAUCGACCUCCUGCAGCUGACGCUCGUCGACAUGAAGACCGCGGACGUGUGCGUGCGGUGCCGCGAGCUCGAGCUCCUGACGCGCGAGGACCUGGAGAACAUUAUGAAACUCACUGAGAACCGGGGGAACAUCGGGGGCGCUCGGCUGCUGCUCAAGCGGCUGGUGAAAAACGAAGCGGGCUGGUUUUCCAGAUUCCUGCAGGCUCUGGAGGAGACGGAGCACCACGAGCUGGCGCGGGAGCUGCGGGGAGAGCCGUGCAACGAGGACGAGGUCAUGUCAGUGGAGUCUGUUGAGGAGCCCGCCGCAACGGACGCUAACAUGAGCGGCUCUGGGCCCUUUCUCCCUCCCGUUCUGUCAGAGGAUCUGGACAGCGGCGGUCUGGGUGCAUGUGUCGACAAUGAAGAGGUCGACAUGUACAAAGAAGGAGAGGAAGAAGAUCUCACAGAGGAUGAUGAUCCUGCAGAGAAACGCAAGAGGGAUAUUAUACUGCGCGACUAUCAGAUGGAGGUGGCGAGACCAGCUCUAGAGGAAAAAAACAUCAUCAUCUGCCUGCCUACAGGAAGCGGGAAAACCAGAGUUGCUGUGUAUAUCACUGAGAAACAUUUGGAGAAGAGGAAGCAGAUGGGACGACCGGGGAAAGUUGUCGUUUUGGUCAACAAGGUUCCCCUGGUCGAGCAGCACUACAAGGCCGAGUUCGGACGCUUCCUGAAGCACCAGUACUCGGUGGAGCGGGUCAGCGGAGCCUCGCAGCUCAAAAUCUCCUUCCCGCAAAUCAUCGAGCAAAACGACAUCAUCAUCUGCACCGCACAGAUCCUGGAAAACUCUCUAGCCAAAGCCAAGAACGGCGACGAGGACGGCAUCAAACUAUCACAGUUCACUCUGAUGGUUAUUGACGAAUGCCAUCACACGAAGAAGGGCGGCGUGUACAACCACAUCAUGAUUCGCUACCUCAAACAGAAACAUCAGAACCAGCUACUGAAGAAGCAGGGGAAAAGCCCAGUUGCGUUGCCUCAGAUCCUGGGUCUGACGGCCUCACCUGGUGUGGGAGGAGCCAUGAGCCAGCAGCGAGCCGAGGAGCACAUUCUCCAGAUCUGUGCAAACUUGGACGCCUUCACGAUAAAAACAAAGACUUUCGAAGAGGAGGAGGCCAAAACACCAUUCAAAAGGAUUGCAAGAGCAGAAGAGAGGAAGGAGGACCCCUUUGGAGACGUGAUCAAGAAGAUAAUGGAUGAAAUCCACGAGCACGCGGACCUGAAGCCCCUCUGUGAGCCCGGCACGCAAAACUACGAGCAGUGGGUCGUCCAGAAAGAGCAGAACGCUGCUAAGGAGGAGAAUCAGAAAGUGCGUGUGUGCGCCGAACAUCUCCGUCAAUACAACGAGGCUCUUUAUCAGAGCAACACCAUACGUAUGUCAGACGCCUUCCACUUCCUCGACAAAUAUCACAACGAAGAGCUCAAGACCAAAUCCAGCCCCGAUGAGGAAGGCACUGUUACAAUCACAGACACUGAGAGAUUCCUCUUCACUUUGUUCAAAGAGAAUAAGGCAAAACUGCAGGAGCUGAUGGGAAAGCCUCAGUAUGAAAACAACAAUCUGGCCCAGCUGAAAACCAACAUCCUGAAGGAAUUCAGCACAAGAGAGCGAGCGAGAGGCAUCAUUUUCACCCGGACCCGCCUCAGCGCCAUCGCUCUCUGCCAGUGGAUCCAAGAAAACCCUAAGUUUGAUGAAGUGGGAGUCAGCGCCAGCUAUCUGAUCGGCGGAGGAGACCAGAGCGUGGUCAAACCCAUGACCGCUGCGGAGCAGAAGGAUGUGCUGAACAAGUUUCGAGAAGGGCAGAUCAAUCUGCUCAUAGCCACCACCGUAGCAGAAGAGGGUUUGGACAUCGCCGAAUGUAAUUUCGUCAUACGUUACUGCCUUGUGACCAAUGAGAUCGCCAUGAUUCAGGCCCGUGGUCGAGGAAGAGCGGAGGACAGCAGUUACACGCUGGUGGCCGAGGCAGGAUCUGGGGUGGCAGAGAGAGAGAGCGUUAACGAAUACCGGGAGAAAAUGAUGAGCAAAGCCAUCGCCAAAGUGUGCGAGAUGAAUCGAGCCGACUACGAGAAGAAAAUCAGAGAGUUUCAGAUGCAGGCCAUAAUGGAGGAGAAGGUGAAGAUAAAAAAGAAACAGCAGAAGGGAAUGAUGAAGGAGCCGCCGUCUAAAAUCAGCCUGAGCUGCAGGCAGUGCAGUGUGUUUGUGUGCUCCGGAGAAGACAUUGAGAAGAUCGAGAACAUGCACCAUGUCAACGUCACUCCGCAGUUUAGUGAGCUGUUUACAGUCCGAGAGAAUACAUCUCUACAGGAGCGACUCCUGGACUAUGAGACCAAUGGGGUCAUCGCCUGCAAAAAAUGCGGACAGCAGUGGGGCUCAAUGAUGCUGUAUAAGAGCAUCGAGUGUCCCUGCCUCCACAUCAAGAACUUUGUGGUCACGUACGGCUCCAAGAAGAAGACAUUCAGCAAAUGGAGCGAGUUGGCCAUAAAGUUCCCGGCGUUUGACUACACUCAACACGCCGAUCUCCUCGCGGAGGACUCGGGGGAAGAAGAAGAAGACAUGGAAACUGAUUGAAAAUAAAGGAGCGAUGAUAUUGAAGCUGAUCUCUAUUCUGUUCUACUGAAAGCACUUCUCAGCAUCUAUCUCAAGUGACAUUUUUCACAUUCUGAUUCUAAUGCCGUUUUUGCCUGCAACGGCCUAAAACAAAUAAAACGUUGACAUUUAUUUCACAAUUCAGAUUUUUUUGCUAACUUGAAACUUCAAGUUUAGACUAAUAAUGAAUAAAAUGUCUUGCAAUAUCUUGCAAAUGGUUAUUAACAUUCACAAUUUUCAAGCUUUAUCGUCUGAAAAUUCUGAUAUUCUUUAAAAUCAUGAACAGAUUGUGAGAUAAAAUGUGGUAAUUUACCUUUCUGGUUGUUUUUUGUUUCAUUUUUUUAUAGAUGUUGGAAGAAGGUCUUGUCUUGUAAACUACAUUCACUCAAACUGCAUUGAAUUGAUUUAAAUAAAUGUUUUCUACUGUAAAAGGUCAUGCAUGUGGAAGCACAUUAAAGCUGUACAGUCUGUGACAAAUA